AUGCUUGCCCAUUUUCCCCAUUUUCAGCAUGAAAAAGGAGUCGUCAUCGACCUGCAACAGCAGUUGGAAGCGGUGCGGCGGCGCUGUGAGGCUGCAGAGCGCGAGUCUCUGGACACCGGGGCUCGAGCCCGGGACGCCGAGAACCGAGUGCACCAAUCGGAGACGCGCAUCGCUCAGUUGGAGCGAGAUCUGCGUCUGGAGAGCGAGGACUACGCCCAACUGAGAGCCAGAACGGAUGUCCUCGACCGAGAGCGCGCCGAUCUGGAGGUGACGGUCAGAUGUCUUUUUUUGAUAGCACAUGGCCACCCGAUUACCUUUCCUCCCCAGUCCGCAUGUGGCCACCUCUUAACCGGUUUCGCGUCCGAUGUACGGCUUGACGACGAAGGAAAGGGAUGGGUAGAUUAG